UGAAGUUUCUUUUAAAAAGAGCAUUGCUAAAAACACUACCAGCAAGCCUAAGCGACAACAAAGGCCUAUUCUGACAUAUGAGGUCCAUGAAGCACCAGAAGAGCAAUGCUCUAAGAAGAAAAAGGCUGAUCCAAAAUGUCCUGUAAUGUCACUAGAUGAGUUUAUCGAUAAGAAUAAGAAACAACAUGAGCUUGAAGAAUCAGGGUCUGAAUAUGGGGAGGAUAUUGACAUGAACUUGGAAUUUGAAGGGGGCAUGAACCAUGACAGUGAAGGCAUCGAGGAAAAUGCUCCUACAGGUGCAAAAUCAAUAAAAAAACGUGGAAAGACAUUGUGUCUAAAGAUUCAUGCACGGGGGCUUGAAGAUAGAAAGGAUAUAAUUUUAAAUGUAGAAGGGCAACCUAUUGGUCCAGAUGAACAGACCCUUUCUGAACUGAGCAGUUUUUUGGGAACAAUAGCAAGAAGUUCUGAUUUGUGCCCUCUUAUUUAUACUAAUUGGAAGGCUGUCGACAAAGGCCCUAUAUGGGCUUAUGUUAAUAAAAAAUACCAUAUUCAAGACAAAGGAAAAAAAUAUGUGUAUGCUGUUAUUAAUGAUGCUUGG